AUGUCCGGUUAUCAGCAUCUUUCAAAGGCUGGAAGCCGGUUUUUAAAACAAGUGGAAGCCAGGCCCAAGCAUUUGGUUGACCAUUUCAAAAAGUUCGAGGAAAAGUCUAUGCCAUCAUUUUUAGUACCCUCUAUUCCCAGAGUUGAAGACCAUGAAAAGUUUCAAACGGCCAGAGAUUGGAAAUACAUGCCAGGCGACCGGGUGGUUGUGACCAAAGGCAAAUGGAAGGGACAAGUUUGCGUAAUUCAGCAGUUGGACAGAGAAACCAAUGGGUUCGUGCUGGACGAAAAUGGACCCACGAAGACGGUUCCAGUACCAAAACAGUUUUGGUCAGAGGGUCAGAACUCACACAUGGUGACUUUUCCUAUGGCCGUUGCGCAAAAAGACGUCAAACUGGUGGCCGAUAUUGACGAUCCAGCAGUGUCUGGAGCUACCAAAACUGUGGCCGUUCGCGAUAUUGUAUAUCGGGGCUCCUAUUACGACAGCGAAUACAAGAAGAUGAUGCCGUAUCGUUGUGUCUCAGGGCAAGAGGAUUUGGUGAUACCGUGGCCCAAGCCCGAAGCCAAACCAGACGGCUCCUUGGCCACGGCCCCAGAAGUUGCAAGAGAGCAGACUUUUUGGGUGUCUAGUAUAGCUCAAAAUCCUAUUCCACAGGGUGCUUUACUCACGGUCCGCAAUCCGAAGUCGAAGUUUAGAAGAGGAACCCUAUCGGCUAGCGAUAUUGCCAAACUUGUAGCACCUAAGAUGCCUUUGUCUGAGACGAAGAAGGCCUAUGUUGCUGAGAGAAAGGAACAGGCAUCUGUACCAAAACGUAAACUCUCCGAGCAGGAUAAAGAACUGAUCGGAAACAAGAUCUUCGAGCAUCUGAGCAAGAACCUGUGA